AUGCCCCUCCUCGCGCUCCCGCGAGUUCGACACAUCUCCAACCACUUCUUCCUUCCAACACCACAAUCCACGACGGAUUCUUCCACAAUGGCAAACCAGAUUCGCACUAUCAACCCUGCGACUCAUGAGGUGAUUUUUGACCAGCCGGGACAUUCUCUUGAAGAAGCCGGCAAGAUCGCCACCGCCUCCAAACAGGCCUUCCAGUCGUAUCGCACCCUGAGUCUGAAUGAAAGAACCGAGAUUGUGAAGCGAGCUCUCGCAAUCAUUGACUCCCAUAUUGAUGAGCUAGCUAAAGAGCUCACCACGCAGAUGGGCCGCCCCGUUCGCUACUGUGCUGGCGAGAUUAAGACGGCCGCCAUUCGUGCGGAGCAUAUGAUCAAGAUCGCGCAGGAGAGCUUGGCUGACCUGCCCGGACAGCCCCAAGAGGGCUUUAGACGCAUGGUCAAGCGUGUGCCUAUUGGCCCGAUUCUCAUUGCAUCGGCGUGGAAUUAUCCUUACUUGACCACUGUCAAUGCGCUGGUCCCGGCAUUACUCGCUGGUAAUACCGUGCUUUUGCGCACGUCACCCCAGACUCCCUUCUUCGGUGACAGGUUAAGCGAGAUCUUCACUGAGGCAGGAUUGCCGCAGAAUGUCCUCCAGGUCCUGCACAUUGGAAGCUUGGAUGUUCUGGACCAGGUCGCUCAGCUGCCGGAGAUUCAAUCCGUCUCCUUUACUGGAUCAACUGCUGGUGGCAUCAGGCUGCGUGAAGCAACUGCCAAGCAAGUGAAGCCGCUCCACCUGGAGCUCGGUGGUAAUGACCCCGCCUACGUGCGCCCCGACGUAGACGUCAAGAACGUUGCCGAAAACCUGGUUGACGGAGCGGUCUUCAACUCCGGACAGAGUUGUUGCGCCGUUGAGCGGGUUUACGUUCACGAAAAGAUUUACGAUGAGUUUGUUCGCUGUGUGCAGGAGGAGCUCAAGGGAUAUAAACUGGGCGAUCCUCAUGAUCAGACCACAACUACUGGACCUGUUAUCUCCGCGCCUGCGAAGGAGAAGAUUCAAUCCCACAUUGACGAUGCUCUGAAGAAGGGUGCUGUUGACGUCACCCCGGAGAACUCCACAUUUUCCAUGGCCAAGACAAGCCAGAAGGGCAACUUCCUGGCCCCGGUCGUUCUGACCAACGUCAACCACGGCAUGGUCACCAUGAAGGAGGAGACCUUCGGCCCUGUGAUGCCCAUUAUGAAGGUCUCCAGCGACGAGGAGGCCGUUGCCCUGAUGAACGACAGCGACUACGGACUGACCGCCAGCGUGUGGACGAAGGAUAUGGCACGCGGUGAAGAGCUUAUUGAGCAGAUUGAGGCUGGAACUGUGUUUAUCAACCGAUGCGAUUACCCGAGUCCUGAUCUCGCCUGGACAGGCUGGAAGUCUUCUGGUUUGGGCUGCACACUAGGUCCUCGUGGGUUUGACGGGUUUGUGAAGUUGAAGAGCUAUCACAUCAAGGAUGCCUCCGCUUAG